AUAUAAAAAAGAAGAGUACAGAGUCAAGGAGAACGAAGAAAGAAGAAAGAAAAAAGAAAAAUGAAAAAAAAAACGAAGAAGAAGAAGAAGCAGCGGCAGUGGGGGAAAAGUUGCUCCACGACAUGGUAUCGUUCAGAAACGACGGCGACAUUGUGCGACUCUUCGCCUUCUCCAAAUCCUGCUGGUCUCUCUUGCUCCGCCUUGUAAAGUGCCUUCAUAACUACUCAACUUUACCAGUUAUGAGUAACCGGGGGAGUCCGCAAGAGAAUGGUGAAAGUAUGAAUCGGGAAACUGAGAAUGAAGACUCAGGGAAUAUUAAUGGACCAGAACAUGAAGCUGCUGAAUUGCAACAUUCCAAUAAUGAUAAUCAUGAGGGUGAAAGAAUAACUAAAAGGAUAAUUCUUAGACAUGUAUGGAAUUAUCUCUUCCUAUUCUCUUGUGUGAUUGCAGCGAUUGUGGAUCCUUUAUUCUUUUACAUCCCUGUGAUCAAUGAUAGUAAGAGGUGCCUUUUGUUGGAAAAAAAGUUGUGGACUGCCGUUUUUGUUUUUCGGAUGGUCACCGAUGUCAUUUACCUUGUUCAUAUUGCUUUGUGGCCGUGGAUGGACUUCAAGAUCUGUGAAAAAACUAGGUCAAAUAUUUGCUGUUCUAAUACUACCGUUUUUGCAAGUGUUCGGAGAUGCUUCUCCUUCCUAAUCGACGUUUUUGUUGUUCUUCCCGUCCCACAGGUGGUAUUUCCAUUCAUUUUUAAAGAAAUGAGAAGCACGAGACCUUCAGAAAUAAUAAAGUCACUGAACACCCUUGUUCUCUUUCAAUAUGUGCCUAGAAUUCGUCAGAUCUACCUAUCCUGGAAGAACCUUCCGAGAAAUGCUGGCAAACUUGAUGGAUGGAUUAAAGCUUUAUUCAAUUUCUUUCUGUUCAUCCUUGCCAGUCACGUAAUUGGAGCCUUUUGGUACUUUUUUUCUAUUCAACGAGAGACAGCUUGCUGGCACUUGGUCUGUGGAAAUCUAAGUGGAUGUGGAAAUUCUUUUAGUUGUGCUAACACUGACAGUUCAGUAAAUUACGCAUUCCUAGAUGAUCGUUGCCCAAUAAAUACACCAAAUACAACAAAAUUUGAUUUUGGAAUAUUUCUUGAAGCCCUUCAGUCUGGUAUUGUGCAAUCCUCAAAUCUUCCACAAAAAUUCUUUUACUGUUUCUGGUGGGGACUACGAAAUUUAAGUUCUUUUGGUCAAGGCCUUCAAACAAGCAACUAUCUCUGGGAAAGUUGCUUUUCAAUUUUUAUCUCUAUCUUGGGCUUGCUGCUAUUUUUAUAUUUCCUUGAAAAUUUGAAGACUUAUAUAAAGUUGGCAACUAAAAGCUCAGACAAGAACGGCAAGACAUCCAAGGAGGAACACAAAAAUAGAAGAGGAAAGAGAGAAGAAAAAAAAGGAAGAGUGAAGAUCAAUUGGAAAGCAAGGAAGCUGUUUCCAUGUUCCCGACCAGACUUGCACCGCAAGAAAGAAAAGUCUUCCCAGUCUAAAGGUACAAGCGAUGGGGACGAGAUGUUACCGAGUUCAUCAGCUACAUAAGUCAAUUACACCACUGCUCGUUCAAGCUGAGACCUAUGUAUCAUGUUGAUCGAGUGUGGGCUAUGGAAUAAUUCUCAACUGGAUUUUGAUCAUUUAAUGUACACUAGAAAUCGGAAAAUAAAAUUCUUUUAAUCUAUUUGAGUGUUGAAAUUUGUAUUACAAUUAUUUGCUUUUCUUUCCACCCAUAAGAUGGAUUUCACUGAAAAUGUGACUUUUUA